AUGGAAAGAGAGGAUAGAGAAAAGGAAUUGGAAAGGUUGAGGGGCAAGGAAGAGAAAAGGAAAGUAGGCAGCGAGACCCAAGACUGUGGAAGCGAGGUGCUAGUACUGCCCAAAUUGGCAGGAACGUUGUUGUGCGGAAAGGGAAGGCACGUUCGUCCCUCCAACUUGUCCCGCAAGAUGGACCUGACUUCCGUUGAAGGCCACCAAAGUUUGAGGCGUGUUAUAUGGGAAUGGUCCACCACUUUAGGAAAAAGUCCGUAUCAUGUUCUGAAAGCCAGCUACAGACUUGAAGCAGGAGCACGUAAGCUGGUUCACAUCUCGGCUUCUUCUGCAGCGCCUCUCUUCUUGCAGAAACGCGUAGAUGAUGACAUAGUGGAUGGCAUCACGCUCCUCUCUUCCCAGUAUAGAGGACAACAAGCCAGGCAGGAAAAAUGA